CCCUCCCUGGGAAGAAAGAUGCCCUUGGGACGGCCAUCAGCCUGAAGCAGCACCCAGGGAUGCAGGGAAACUGGGUCCACCUGAACAAGGACCCGCUGUUUUCGGAAAGGCAAGCCUGUGAAACCUCUCCAGAGUAAAACUUUUUAUAAUUAACAAAGUAGCAAGUUUCUCCCACACCCCACGGCCCUGCAGCAACCCAUUUUCCAAUAGCAACCAUUAAUUAUUUAUUUAGAAGUUAAAACACAGCGUGGGGAGGAAGGACGAAGCAGGACAGGAUUUAGGGAAAUCCUUGUGGUCAGAGGGAAGAAAAUAGAAGUUCUGUCCAAAGGGGCAUUUUUGUAACAUAUAGACACAUUUUCCCAUAAGAAACUCCCAGAAAAAUUGAAACCACAUGUGCAGAUGGCCUGGGCGUGCUGUGCAUGUUGCUGUGCAAGCAAUUCAGCAGGGCUGCAGCAAAACCAGCUCUCUCAGCUCUUGGGUUCUGGGGCUUUCUCAACCACGAGAAGCCCCCAAAGAACAAGCGGAUCCCAGCAGAGCAAACAACGUUGCAGCAGGGAGUGGUUUCCUUACCCCCACCCUGUUUGUUCCCUUUGCUCUCCAAAAAGUUACAAACUGGCUUUCCUUCCUGAUAAACCAAGGCUUCCUCACUGAUUGGUCUCAGUUUGGGAAAGGACGUGACAUCAGCAACUUUGCAGACUUGGGGCUGGGGGGCCGUUGUGAGCUUUGGCCAACCUCCAGGCAGCUAGGUGGAGCAUGUGUGUGCAUGCGUGUGUGUGUGUGUGUGUCUGGGCGCGUGCGUCUGUCUGACCACAGGUAGUGCUCAGAUUACCCCGCCUGUUCUGUUCUCUGCUGUUCUCUACCGUCUGACCAGGACGGUGAGGCUCAGCCAGCCCCAGCACUGGAAUUCCCAGGAGCAGGGGGAGCAUGGAAUUUGGACUCUCCUGAGCAACUGAAGUGGAGCACGGAGUUUGCCCGGCCCAGGAGGGCACCAUGGACGGUGAACCACGGGGCAGGAACAGCAAGUUCCUGAGGCCAGGGGACCCUCCUGACACCAGGCUCCUUUCAAACCCGUGGAUGGGGGAUGUUGUGUCUGAUUGGUCUCCUGUGCAUGAAGCUGCCAUCCAUGGACGUCUGCUCUCUCUGAGGAACCUCAUCAGCCAGGGGUGGCCUGUGAACCUCAUCACCGCAGAUCGUGUGUCCCCACUCCACGAGGCCUGUCUCGGAGGUCAUCCCUCUUGUGCAAACAUUUUAUUAAAGCAUGGAGCUCAGGUGAAUGGUGUCACUACUGAUUGGCACACCCCGUUGUUUAAUGCGUGUAUCAGCGGCAGCCAGGACUGUGUGAAUUUGCUUCUGCAACAUGGGGCCAGCCCCCACCCGGCGAGUGAUCUGGCGUCCCCCAUCCAUGAAGCAGCUAAGAGAGGCCACGUGGCGUGCGUGGAGACCCUUGCGGCUCACGGGGGCGACGUGGACCAUGACAUUGGCCACCUGGGCACGCCGCUCUAUUUGGCUUGUGAAAACCAGCAGGUGGCUUGUGCCAAGAAGCUUCUUGAGUCAGGAGCCAGCGUGAACCAAGGCCGAGGUCUGGACUCCCCUCUUCAUGCAGUGGCCAGAGCGUCCUGUGGAGACCUGGCACUGCUGCUCAUGGACUUCGGAGCGGACACCCAGGCCAAGAACGCCGAAGGCAAACGUCCCUCGGAGUUGGUGCCUCCAGAGAGCCCCCUGAUGCAGCUCUUCUUGCAGAGAGAAGGUGCUUCUCCUUUGCCCGAACCUAAGCCCUAACCCAUAGCGACUCCUGUGGGCUCUCGCAGGAGGCAGGGCCCUCUUCUUUGCUGCAGCUCUGCCGCCUUAGGAUCCGGAAGUGCUUCAGGACCCAGCAGCAUCACAAGAUCA